UUAUCACUUGGAAUACAUACACAUGGAGGAGUUACCUCGGUCUUGAUCCCGCGGAACACCCCGAUUCCAGCCACAAAGGAGAACAACUUCACUACCACUGCCGAUAACCAAACAAGCGUCCGUAUCCAGGUCUUCGAAGGCGAGAGAACGAUGACCGAGGACAACAAUUUGCUGGGGAAAUUUAAGCUCUCUGGCAUUCCUCCUGCCCCGAGGGGUAUUCCACAGAUUAAUGUUCGUUUCGAUAUAGAUGUCAACGGGAUCUUGAAUGUCUCUGCUGAAGACAAGGCGACCGGGCAGAAAAACAAGAUCACGAUCACCAACGACAGGGGCAGGCUGACCAAGGAGGAGAUUGAGGAGAUGGUUUUUGAAGCGGAGAGGUUUAAGGCAGAAGACAUGGCAAAUAAGAAAAGGGUAGAGGCGAGGAACGCACUCGACAGCUACGCAUAUGGGCUGAAGAGCACUCUCAAGGGUUUGUCGACGAUGGCCUCUACCGAUAAGAAAAUGGUCGAGGGAGCAGUUGAGCGGACUAUCGAAUGGCUGGACGGUAACCAGUUGGCCGAGACCGAGGAGUUUGAGUAUAAGAAGAAGGAACUUGAGGAGAUAUCCAACCCUAUCUUUGUGAAGAUGUACAGGGGCUGGUGAUGAUGCCUCAUUCCCUUGAUGCAUGAUGCAAUCUUCAUCAGUUCAUACCCACUGAAGUACGACGUUCGCCGGUAGUUGCUAGUCCUGAACUGCUCUGUCAAUUUGGAUCUCUUCUCAUAGAGGGGCCAUGAUUUAAGACAGUACUUAUUUUAUUUUCAUGUUCUAUCC